AUGGCUAGCAAAGAACGCGAAAUUGACUCAUACACGUACUUGAGAGGUUUCGGAAACCAUUUCACUUCAGAAGCUUUACCUGGCGCACUUCCACAGGGACAAAACUCACCACAGAAAUGUCCUUACGGACUCUACGCUGAACAACUUUCAGGCACAGCUUUUACUGUCGAAAGAAAGCAUAAUCAGUUCAGUUGGUUAUACCGUAUUCGACCAUCAGUAUGCCAUGAACCUUUUACAAAAAUAACCGAACCAACGAAUCUUCGCGGAUCCUUUUCAAUAAACGAUACUGAAUUCAUUCCAAAUCAACUUCGAUGGAAUCCAUUUCCCUUACCAAUUGAUUCUGAGUCUUUAAAUUUUGUGUUUGGUUUGAGUACGCUUGCAGGAGCUGGGGACCCAACCUUGAAAAAUGGACUCGCGAUUCACAUUUAUCGCGCAAAUAAAAAUAUGGAGAACAUGGCAUUCUAUAAUUCUGACGGGGAUUUCUUAAUUGUUCCUCAACACGGUCGUCUUGAUAUUUUUACCGAAUUCGGUCGUAUGCUCGUAUCCCCUAAUGAAAUUGCUGUAAUUCCUCGUGGUAUUAGAUAUUCUGUAUCAUUGCCAGAUGGUCCAAGUCGUGGUUAUAUUUUAGAAGUAUAUGGCCAUCAUUUUGAAUUGCCGAAUCUCGGGCCGAUUGGAGCAAAUGGUCUUGCUAACGCGCGUGACUUUUUGACUCCAACUGCGGCAUAUGAGGAAAAGGAAGGAAACUGGUCAAUUGUGAAUAAAUAUGUGGGACAAUUGUUUAUAGCAAAGCAGGAUCAUUCACCUUUCAACGUGGUAGCAUGGCAUGGUAAUUACGUGCCUUACAAGUAUGAUCUUGCGAAUUUCGCUGUCAUCAACUCGGUUUCAUUUGAUCAUGUGGACCCGUCGAUCUUUACUGUUCUCACUUCAAAAUCAGCAUUCCCUGGCACAGCAAUUGCUGAUUUUGCUAUCUUUCCGCCUCGUUGGGCGGUUCAAGAACACACAUUCAGACCUCCAUAUUUCCAUCGUAAUACGAUGUCGGAAUUUAUGGGAUUGAUUCUUGGAUCGUAUGAAGGCAAGGCAGAAGGAUUUUUACCGGGUGGUGGAAGUUUGCAUAGCCACAUGGCUCCACAUGGUCCGGAUGCAACAACUUAUGAAAAGGCAUCAAACGAAGAACUGAAACCUGUUCGCGUUGCAGACGGAACCAUGGCUUUCAUGUUCGAGUCUUCUUUGAUGCUCGGUGUUACACCAUGGGGUCUAUCUAAACAAGUGCAUGUUCAACCUAAUUAUUGGAAAGCAUGGCAAGGUAUAAAAAGUAACUUUGUCCAUGAUUCGAAACAAAGCUAA